ACACUCACUCUCGUAAAAGCUCUGAAACCUCCAUUCCUCUAUCUCUCUUUAAACACGAACAAAUCGUGUCUGCAGACACAUUUCAUCAUACAAUGACGGAUACAACAGACGAUAUAGCGGAGGAAAUCUCGUUCCAGAGCUUCGAUGAUGACUGUAAGUUGCUCGGAAAUCUGCUCAACGACGUGUUGCAGAGGGAAGUCGGUAGCCAAUUCAUGGAGAAGCUCGAGAGGAAUCGAGUCCUCGCUCAGAGUGCUUGCAAUAUGCGGCAGGCUGGGAUAGAGGAUACAGCAGAGCUGCUAGAGAAACAGCUGAUUACAGAGAUAUCAAACAUGACAUUAGAGGAAGCUUUGACACUGGCUCGGGCAUUCAGUCAUUAUCUCAAUUUGAUGGGAAUUGCUGAAACUCAUCACCGGGUUCGUAAGGUACGAAGUGUUACACAUCUGUCAAAAUCUUGUGAUGACAUUUUCAGCCAGUUGGUGCAGGGUGGAGUUUCUCCAGAUGACCUCUACAGCACUGUUUGCAACCAGGAGGUUGAGAUUGUUCUUACUGCACAUCCCACCCAAAUUAACCGUCGUACCUUACAAUAUAAACACAUAAGAAUAGCUCAUUUGUUAGACUAUAAUGACCGACCUGAUCUUGGUCAUGAAGAUCGAGAAAUGCUAAUAGAAGAUCUGGUGAGAGAGAUAACAUCUAUAUGGCAGACAGAUGAACUAAGACGCCAUAAGCCUACACCGGUAGAUGAAGCUAGGGCUGGCUUGAACAUUGUAGAGCAGUCCCUUUGGAAAGCUGUACCUCAUUACUUACGACGAGUUAGCAAUGCUCUAAAGAAACAUACAGGAAAGCCACUUCCACUCACAUGCACUCCCAUAAAAUUUGGAUCUUGGAUGGGGGGUGAUAGAGAUGGAAAUCCAAAUGUCACAGCAAAGGUGACGAAAGAUGUCUCUCUUUUAUCUAGGUGGAUGGCCAUUGAUCUUUAUAUCCGGGAGAUUGAUGGCCUCAGAUUUGAACUGUCCAUGAAUCAAUGCAGUGAUAGGUUGUCUAGAUUGGCACACGAAAUUCUUGAAACAGAAACCUCAUCACAUGAUCGGCACGACGGUAGGAAUCAACCUUUCAGUCGAAAUCAACUGAAGUUUCAUGGCCAUCAGGCUUCAUCCCUUCCUACCCAACUUCCACCUAGAGCAGAUCUACCUGCCUGCACUGAUUGCAAUGAUGGUGAAUCUCAGUAUCCCAAACUAGAACUUCCUAGGACUGAUUACAUGCCCUUGAGUCGCAAGGACGGCAAGGGAUCUUUGAAUUCGGAAACUUCAUUCCAAAAUUCCAGUGAAAAUGUAAGCAAAUCAUUUUCCAAUGGAACUCCUGUUAAUGGCCCACAGCUAGCCACAGGGCAUAGGGGGUCUUUCUCAUCUAAUCAACUGCUUGCUCAGAGGAAACUAUUUGCAGAAUCUCAGAUAGGAAGGUCAAGCUUCCAUAAGCUUCUUGAGCCAAGCUUGUCUGAGCGUCCUGGAAUUGCUCCUUAUCGAAUUGUCCUUGGCAAUGUGAAAGAAAAGCUUAUGAAGACACGAAGACGACUGGAGCUUUUUCUUGAGGAUCUUCCUUGUGAAUGUGAUCCUUGGGAUUGCUAUGAAACAAUGGAUCAACUUCUAGAACCACUGCUUAUAUGCUAUGAGUCAUUGCAAUCAUGUGGUGCCAGUGUUUUAGCUGAUGGUAGGCUUGCUGACCUGAUCCGCAGAGUUGCUACCUUUGGGAUGGUGUUAAUGAAGCUUGACUUGCGACAGGAAUCUGGUAGGCAUGCUGAGACACUAGAUGCAAUUACCCGAUAUUUGGAUAUGGGAACUUAUAGUGAAUGGGAUGAAGAGAAGAAACUUGAAUUUUUAACAAGAGAGCUGAGAGGGAAGCGACCACUAGUUCCUCCUUCUAUAGAGGUUGCUCCUGAUGUUAAAGAAGUCUUAGAUACCUUCCGAGUUGCUGCUGAGCUGGGAAGCGAUUCUCUUGGAGCUUAUGUGAUUUCUAUGGCAUCCAAUGCAAGUGACGUCCUUGCUGUGGAGCUCCUGCAGAAAGAUGCCCGACUUGCUGUUAGUGGGGAGUUGGGUAGACCAUGUCCCGGUAGAAUGCUGCGGGUGGUUCCUCUGUUUGAAACUGUCAAGGACCUUAGAGGUGCUGGUUCAGUGAUCAGGAAAUUGUUAUCAAUUGAUUGGUACCGGGAGCAUGUUAUAAAGAACCAUAAUGGGCAUCAAGAGGUGAUGGUUGGAUAUUCUGAUUCUGGUAAAGAUGCUGGACGCUUCACUGCUGCCUGGGAACUUUACAAGGCCCAGGAGGAUGUUGUGGCUGCUUGCAAUGAGUUUGGAAUUAAAGUUACCCUCUUCCAUGGCCGAGGAGGGAGCAUUGGUCGUGGUGGUGGUCCAACAUAUCUUGCCAUUCAGUCCCAACCACCUGGUUCUGUCAUGGUGGUGUUUCAUGAUAAACUUGUGCCUGCUUAACUCGGUUUAGAUGUUCAUAUCCUCGAGUUUCUGGCCAUUGGUCGUUAAGUUGGACCCUUUUUUUUUUUUUUUUUUUUUUUUUUUUUUUUUUUUGAUAGACUCUAUAUAUGAUGGGAAACUUCAUUCCUAUUUAUGUAAUAUCAAUAUAUCAGUUUAUGAUAU